GUGAGUUCGCUCUCUGAUUGGCUGAGCAGCGCUACGUGUACAUCAGUCCGCUACAGGUAGCUCGCAUGUGACAGUUAUCUGCAUGUGUGUGUGUGUGAGUGUGUUUAUGUCUGCUGCUCUCUCCUCUCUUCACUUUAUAUGAUGGUGCAUUCAAUGACCGGCUGCAUGAUGACGAUUUCCCCUUAAACACUCAGGAGGAGGAAAGUUAGUUUAACGUGCAAGGCCUGUUGAAGCUGUUGUAUAUAAACUUUGUGAGAAAAAGCUGAAUCAGGAUGAAGUCCAAAGGGAAGGCAGUGAAACCCUCCAGGAGGACGUGGUCCAACCCUGAGCCAGAUAUAGAAGCAGACACAGAACCAGAACCGGGCUCCAGUGAGCAGGAGGGCUCGGAGGCUUCGGUGCGGAUCGGGGGCUCCUGGAGGGGGUCUCUGAGGGGCGGGGGCCGGCGGCGGCGCAGGACCCGCGGCUCCAACACCAAGGAGCGCAGCAAGAGGCGCCUGGAGAGCAACGAGCGCGAGAGGACACGCAUGCACAAACUCAACAACGCCUUCCAAGCUUUACGAGAGGCCAUCCCUCACGUGAACACCGAGAAGAAGCUGUCCAAGAUCGAGACUCUGACCCUGGCGAAGAACUACAUCAAAGCCCUGACUACCAUCGUGGUGGACAUGUCGGGGGCCGGCCUGCCUGAAGGGGGGGUUUCCUCAGAGGCCAAUGCCGCCAAGCUGCUCCAGUGCUACCAGAAGCACCUGGAGGAUGAAGGGGAGGACGACCUCACUCAGUAUCUCACCCAAAUGCACAGCUUCAGCCAGCGCAGCUAACAGAGGCUGCAGACCAGAGGUGUGUGUGGUGACCUUUAGGGCCAAAUAUCCCUGGGACCAGAAGUGGGUCUCUGCAGGAAGUGGGUGCUGUUCUCUGACAAUAAACCCAACGCUUGACCAUCACAAAAGUGCCCUUCCUGCAACAUAAGGAAUGAUUUAAGGACCAUUCUAAAAAAGACUGCAGAUCGUGGUUACGAAGAGUAAGAAGAGUCAUGUGUUAUUGAACUCAGGAACGAAUCUUUCGCAAUUCUGUGAACUUGUUCUCCUUUGUGUUAUCUUGUGAUCUUCUUGUGUGUUUUUCUGUUGAGGAACCUGCCGAGUAGCCUCUAGUCACAACUGUCAGGAAGAAAGACAAGCAGCCGGCGUGAAUAUUGAAACGAAGCGAGAAACUGUGUUUGCUCAUGACGACAAUCUAACAGUCUUCUCACAGCGUGUGCACACAGAUAAUAUUUAAAGUGUGUGUUAUUUGACUAUUUGUUUGUCUCCAUGUGUCUCCAAGGCAAGACAUUGUAGCGAAUAACAUCAGGAAAAAAUAUUUGGGGAGUUGCUAUCAAUAAACACAUUUAUUUAUUGACAGAUAAGGACUGUUACUUUGACCAUGCACAACACUUGAGAAAUGUACUCCACAAUGUCAACAGCAGGGAUGUGUUGCACGUUACAGUAACACAAAGCAAUGUUAGUUAUUCACAGGUAAAACAGGAUCUCUGUACACUUUCAACAUUUCAACAAAGGCUGCAUCAUAUUUAGACGAUACAUUAUGAUACAGAGGAAUUUAGACAGCUGUUAACAUAAAUUAAAGCCUGAACGGAUACUUAUUCAUGUUUUUAAAUUAAAAGCUUAUGUCGAAAGUAGUAACACUAUUCCAGCUUACUAUUUUACCAUUGCAGCACUAUACUAAGUACAUAAUAUUCAUAUCUUACAGAUUUAUAACAAAAAUAUAGUUGUUUUUAACAUUUUCUUCUCAUCGCUCAGUCAUUCUACUAACGACAGGAAGUAAAUGCCGACAUGCAAACAUGCUCCUGAGAAAGAGGAAGGUUCAGUUUUAGCAUUUUAACCACAGAACGUAUACAAGUAAUCCACACUUUUCCCUUAUUUAUAAUGCUAACCAUUGCACAUACUCCAUGAAAACUACAUUUAAAUAAAGAAAA